CUAUUAUGAACUGUCAACUGAAGAUGUCACUCGUGUUCUCCAUACCCAUGGAAGAUACAUUGUUGAUCUUUCUACUGGCACUAGUGGCUCCACACCCUUUCCUAGCACAUAAAUACUGCACAGUGUCUUCAUAGAUUCACACCUGAACUCAGAAGAAGAAUUCAGGUCCUCACCUACCAAGAAAAGAGAGAUUUCUUGAAGGAAAAGAGCAAUGGACCUGAUUCCAAUCUUUUCUGCAGAAACAUGGGCACUGCUGGCUACCAUUCUGGUGCUCCUCUACCUCUAUGGGACCUCUUCUCAUGGACUUUUUAAGAAGCUGGGGAUUCCUGGCCCAAAGCCUCUGCCGUUUGUUGGGACGAUGCUUAACUAUAAGAUGGGCAUAUCAAAAUAUGAUAUGGAGUGCCAUAAAAAGUAUGGAGAUAUAUGGGGGCUAUAUAAUGGGCUUCUCCCUGUGCUAGUUAUCACAAAACCAGAUAUGAUCAAGAAUGUGCUAGUGAAAGAAUUUUAUUCUAGCUUCACAAAUCGACAAUCUCUUGGCCCAGAUGGAUUUAUGAAAAAAGGUAUAGUAAGAUCUGAGAAUGAAGAAUGGAAAAGAAUUCGAUCAUUGCUGACACCAACGUUCAGCAGUGGAAAACUGAAGGAUAUGUUCCACAUCAUCCAAGAAUAUGGAGACGCACUGGUGAAAAACAUGAGUCGGGAAGUAGCGAAGGGCAAGAAUGUCACCAUGAAAGACGUCUUUGGGGCGUACAGCAUGGAUGUGAUCACUGGUACCUUAUUUGGAGUGAAGGUGGAUUCCCUCAACAAUCCCCAAGAUCCCUUUGUGAGAAAUACCAGAAAGCUUUUUGUAAUUGAUUUUUUCAAUCCAUUGAUUUUCUUUCAAGCGCUCUUUCCAUUCCUUUCCAGAAUAUAUAACAAAUUAAACAUCUGCAUGUUCCCCAGUGAUGCUACAUCAUUUUUUAAGAAAUUUAUAGAAAAGACCAAAAAAGAUCGACUUGAAAAUACCCAAGAGCACCGAGUGGACUUUCUUCAGCUGAUGAUGAACUCCCAGAAUUCCAAAGACACGGAUUCCCAUAAACCUCUUUCUGAUCUGGAGAUCCUGGCCCAAUCAAUCACAUUUAUUUUUGCUGGCUAUGAGACAACAAGCACUGCUCUUUCCUUUAUUAUGUAUUUACUGGCGAUUCACCCCAAUGUACAGAAGAAACUUCAGAACGAGAUUGAUGCAGUCCUGCCCAAUAAGGCACCUGCCACUUAUGAAGCCCUGGUAGCGAUGGAAUAUCUGGACAUGGUGGUGAAUGAAACUAUGAGAUUAUACCCAGUUGCUAACAGGGUUAACAGGCUCAGUAAGAAAAAUGCUGAAGUCGAUGGUGUAUUCAUUCCCAAAGGGACACAGGUGAUCAUACCUAUCUAUGUUCUUCACCAAGACCCAAGAUACUGGCCAGAGCCUAAGAAAUUCCGUCCUGAAAGGUUCAGCAAGGAGAAUAAAGAUAAAAUCAAUCCUUAUACAUAUCUGCCUUUUGGAUAUGGUCCUAGAAACUGCAUUGGUAUGAGGUUUGCUCUCAUUAACAUGAAGCUUGCUGUUGUCAAAAUCCUGCAGAACUUUUCAGUGCAUCCUUGUGAAGAAACAGAGAUUCCCUUAAUAUUAGGUAAGAAAAUCACUCAUACUCCAGAAAAGCCAAUUGUCCUGAAGAUUAUAUCAAGAAAUGGAGCCGUAAAUGAAGGUUGAUUUUUUUUCUCAAGUUCUGAUAUGUUCUUCAAAGUGUUCCUUCUAAAUACCUGGAUUUUAAUUCGAUCCUGAAGGAAACCUACAUGAAUAUGAGUGAAUUUUAUCUACCAGAUGUCAUGACACAGUCUUCAAUUAUUUUUCAUUGUCUCAAUUUUGUGUAUGGAAGGAAAAUGAUUAUUUAGCAAUCUUUAUGUUCUAUUAUGUCAAAAUUUGCCCAGUUUCCCAAAGAUAGACCAAUAUGAUUCAUUGCAAUGCUGAAAAAUGAUUUCUCAUUAAUAUUGUCAAUACUGUUUCCAUUAUAGAAUCUUUAAUUUCUCAUUUAUGGGUGAGAAUUCCAUUGACAAUUAUUCUUUGCACUUUGAUGGAUUGUCAGUUUUUUUGUUAACCACUAUCCACUUCAAAAAGCAGUUCCUUUGACUAUAUCUGAGGGCUACAUUAAUAUUGGUAAAUGAUGCAAAUUUAUAAGGCAGUUGGUUAUUAAGAUCAUUUAUCAGAAUAAUAGAUCCAUUCUUGUGUCUGUGA